UCAAAAGAAAUGAUUUCGUUAAAAAAUCUUAUUCUUGAUCAACUAAGUAUGUUGACUGAAAAGUUUGAAAGUGUUUCAAAAGAAAAUAUUGAUAAUUAUCAAGAGAUGAAGAAAAAAAUAACAUCUAUUAUGGAAGAAUUUUGUAAAAUGGACUUUGAUAAAAAAGAAAAUAAUAUGCAGAAUCAUGUAGAUAAAGAAAUAUUUAAUAAGAUGGUUAUAAAGUUCUUAAAUGUACUGGAAAAUCUGGAAAAAACUGAAGUUCUUUCAUUAAAACAAAGUCUUAAUGAUUGUUUAAAUUAUGUAAAAGAAAUGGGCUUUGCUUGCGAGAUAGAGGAUUUGGAAAAUAUUAAAGAACUAGGAACGUCAAUUGUAGAUAUUCUUACACCUUUACAACAUUACAAAAAGAACUUAAUUUCAAAUCUUCUAUCAAAUAAAUUAACUCUAUAUUGCUAUCAAUUGUGCACAUCGUUUAAAAUGUUGGUAGAAGUUAUAAAGGAACAACAUAAAUUAAACGCAUCGAUUUAUACAUGUAAGAAGUAUAUAUGUAAUAGGCUAUGUUUAUGUUUUGAAAGUAUUAUAAGUAUUUUAGAUUCUUCUAAUCCUUCAAAUGAAGAAGAGUAUAUCGAAGAAGAAAAUAAUUUUGUAUACAGACUCGAUUUAUUACUAGAUAUAAUUGCAAAUAUGAGUAACUUAAAAUUGAUAGAUCAAAUUAAAGAGUGUAAUGAUUUAUGGGUUGGAAUUGAAGAUAUAUUUUCUCAUGCAAUGUCAAUAGCACAAGUUUGUCAGCCUAAUAAUUUUAAAGCUAUUACUGAUUCAUGUCAAACUAUAUUAACAGAAUAUGAAAAUUUGAAGGCGCAACUUAAAUGUGAUCCAAUAGAUCCAACAAUGAAUAGUUUAUUUAUGAAUACUUUAACUGAUUCAUUAUAUAGAUUAGAACGUAAAAUUAAUAUUUCAGUACUUACAUUAGUUAUGGUAGUGUUUAGUGAUCCUUUUGGUACCUUAAAAAAGUUAAUUGAAAUUUGUGGAACUUCAUUAAAUGCAAAAGAUAGAACAAAAAAUGAUUUAAGUUCUUUCAUUGAAGAAUUUGAUCAGCUGACUGAUAAAACUGUGCAAAUUGGAAAAUUUGCUAUAACAUGUUGCAGAGAUAAACAUAAAGCUGGUCAAAUUAAAAAUUGUCUUGCUAGUUUCGAAUCAUUAGAAAUGGAAUUAGUUCCUGCCAUUUCUGCUUUUUAUUUACAUCCUGAUAAUAAAGAGAUGCGGGCAUAUGUAAAACUUCUAACUGCUCAAUGGCAGUAUGAAAUGAAAAAAUUUGUUCACACUGUUAAUUUAAUAAUAGAUCCGGCUGCUUAUUGUCAAAUUAUUCUGGAUGAUUUACAAGAACGUAUAAAUGAAAUGUCUAAUAAUUUAAAUAACAGACAAGUUAUAACUCAAUCACAGGUGCAAGUAGUAGUUCAAAGAGCUUUAUCACUUUUUAAGCAAAUUGAUGCUACCGUUUCGGAUAUUGAUCCAAAAAAUAUUGAUAAACGAACAACUAAAAUAAUUCACGAAUUUAAGACUGAUAUUUAUGAAACGGAUGCAGCUUCAAAAAAGUUCCUUAUUAAUAAAGCUACAGCCUCUGAACAACUGCGAGUUAUUAAUCGAUGUGAAAUAAUGUUGAAAGUUAUUAAACAACUGCUUCCUGCACUUUCUACUAUUGUUUAUAAUUCAAUUACUAUGAAUACUAUUAGUACAAAAUCAAUAAAACAGCAAGAUGAUUCAAGUUAUAAAAGUGCCGUUAGUUUUGUAUCUACUGAUCGUGAUGUAUCAGUUGAUAAGAAAUCUUCAGUAUAUAUUAGGAUUCCUUAUACAGUAACACGAUGUAAGCAGCCACUUUCCAUUCAACCAGCAAAUACUGUUUUACGAAAUGAAUCAGAUGUUUCUAUCUUAAUUCCAUACAUUCAAAAAGGCCGAAUAAUGCGUAAUGAAUGGUCAGUUAUGUAUAAAACUCCAAAAUCUAAUAAAUCAGAGAAACCUAUCCAGAAUUUAUUGAAAAUGAGAAAUUUAUCAAAUAUUAGACAACAUUUAUUUAGUCGGGACAAUUUUUACAAAGAGUGCGAAGUAGAUAUUACUUCUGAAAGUCUAGACUUAACAAAUAUAUUGGAAAAAAUUUCUGGGCUUUCAAAUACAUUAAGUUCAGUUGCAUGUGAUACUAAUAAUUUAACACAGAAGUCGAAAAAUAUUUCUUUCUCUGCAGAUAAAUUGAAAAAUUUCAAUAAACUACAGAAAAGUAAGGCAAAGAAAUUGAAUGAAUAUGCGACAACUGGCGGGGGUGAUGCCCCAUCACCAUUAUCACGUUUAGAAAAAAUAAAAAAUAUUAAAAAAAAAGAAUGCAAAGUUGACAUAAUAAUGAAACUAUAA